CAAAUUAGUUUACAGUGGCAACACAUAAACUAAAAUGUCAUGCAUCACGUCAAAAUUGUAAAAAUAAUGCUUUCGUUUCACAUGGGAUUUAGUUUAUAAAUAAAGUCAUAAAAUAGGCUCUGUCCUAAUUAAAAGUCUUUAACUUUCAUCGUUAAUAUAACACAUGAGUUAAAACCAAAGAGGUUGAGCCUAUUACAUCGUGAAACGAGGGUUUAUAAAAAGCAGCUAGAAUGUCGAUGCCACAUAGUAGCUCGAGUACCACAAGUUCCAGCACUAAACGCAAGGAAAUAUACAAAUAUCAGGCACCAUGGCCCCUGUACUCCAUGAACUGGUCGGUAAGACCAGACAAGCGCUUCCGACUUGCUCUCGGAAGCUUUGUUGAAGAGUAUAAUAACAAGGUGCAAAUCAUAUCUCUAGAUGAGGAGACCAGUGAGUUCAGUGCUAAGAGCACAUUUGACCAUCCAUACCCAACCACUAAGAUCAUGUGGAUUCCUGACAGCAAGGGAGUCUACCCAGACCUGCUGGCUACUAGUGGCGAUUACCUCCGCAUCUGGCGAGCCGGUGAACCCUACACUCUCUUCGAGUGUGUGUUGAACAACAACAAGAACUCAGACUUCUGUGCCCCGUUGACAUCAUUCGACUGGAACGAGGUGGACCCCAACCUGAUCGGUACUAGCAGCAUUGAUACCACUUGUACUAUAUGGGGCUUGGAGACUGGACAGGUGUUGGGGAGAGUGAAUGAAGUGUCGGGACAUGUGAAGACGCAGCUUAUUGCUCAUGAUAAGGAGGUGUACGACAUAGCGUUCAGCCGCGCGGGCGGCGGCCGCGACAUGUUCGCGUCAGUCGGCGCCGACGGCUCCGUGCGCAUGUUCGACCUCCGGCAUCUAGAGCACUCUACUAUCAUAUAUGAGGACCCGCAGCACACCCCGCUCCUCCGCCUAGCGUGGAACAAGCAGGACCCGAACUACCUCGCGACGGUGGCCAUGGACGCGUGCGAGGUCAUCAUCCUCGACGUGCGCGUGCCGUGCACGCCGGUCGCCAGGCUCAACAACCACAGAGCCUGCGUUAAUGGCAUUGCUUGGGCUCCACACAGCUCGUGCCACAUCUGCACAGCGGGCGACGACCACCAGGCGCUGAUCUGGGACAUCCAGCAGAUGCCCCGCGCCAUCGAGGACCCCAUCCUCGCGUACACCGCCGCCGAGGGCGAGGUCAACCAGAUCCAGUGGGGGGCCACGCAGCCCGACUGGAUCGCCAUCUGCUACAACCGACACACCGAGAUACUGCGCGUCUAAGGGUAAGCAGGGUACGUAGUAGUGAGCUCUGGGUCUGAGGGUACGUUUUAUUGGUCUUCUUUUGGUUAAGGAUUUGCCUAAAUACUCAAAGGUAACUUAAUUUUAAAGUUCCAGUAAGUGUUCUGUCCCAGAAAUUAAAGUGAGAGAGAUUGAAUUAUGCAUCGUUGAAGCAGUACUUAAAGUUGAGUGCCGUUUGAGUAUUCGGCCGUUAUUGGGUAUUUUUUUAACAAGCAAUAGAAUUUCUUAGGAAUGAGAAGACUUUUAGUGCAUCUAUUAUUUGUAAAAUAUCAGCAUAAAAAAAAAACAAACUUUUCAAUGAGCGCUGAAAGAAUAUCAAUGAAACCAGUCACAUGGCAUUGACCCCUCAUACCAGAGAGCAUUAUGAUCUGAUUAACUUUGUUAAAUCAGCAUGUACAGACGAUAGCACAUCAACCUACCACAAUCUGUCAAAUUUCUUUAAUAGAUUUACAACCUUAUCACAAUAGCGGAAGGCUUAUGUUCGAUUGGUAAAAUUUGACAGAUCCGGGUAGGUUGACCUGCUGGCGUCCGUACCAAAUAGUACCCUUUACUAUGAGAAGCUAUUAGGGUGCGAACACAUAGAGACAUAACGAAGCAAUGAAAAAUAUGAGUGUUGAACCCCGCGAGCAUACGGAAAAGAAGACCAAGUUGUGAAAGAUUUGCCAAAAAAAGCGUUCGGUGUGCGUAGAUGUGAACUAACCCUAAAAAUUAUCGGAAUAAAAAAAAUCUGAAAUUGGACUUUGACAUUGUGGUUUCCACUAUAGAAACCAGCAUAGGCUCACAAAAGAAUAGAAAUACCUAAAACGGUUUUCUUAAUUACUUGAAAAUGUGUACUUUAUGUACAAUUUAAAAGUGUUUGACUUGUCGGCUUGUAAUCCGACUUCGAUUAAAAAAUUGUGAAUGAAUGUUAUCUCUUUAUCAAAAGACUGACCGAAAAAUUAACAUUUCAAAAUUUUGAGGUUUCAAUAAGUAACCUAAGAUUCUUAGGUGAAUUGAAAAAAUAAAGGCAACUACUGUAUCUAUGGGCUGUUCUACUUGUAGACAUUUGCAAUUAAAAACAUAAAAGUAAACUAUAAAAGUGAAUCGCCUCUGUACUUAAAAGAUAAAAAAUGUGUUCAGUUUUUACCCAACAAUGACAAAAAGAGGAUUAUUUUGUUUUUCCCAAGUACAACUGUCUAAAGAUACAGACCUUGCCUAACUUUAUAAGAUUUUUAUACGCUAUCAUGUAAACCGUAGCUAGGAUGUUUUCCACAAAAAUAUGUGUAAAAAAAUCCUAGCGACAUCCAUUUUGUAUUUAGUUAUUACUUGUAAAUAUAAGCAAGUAAAACUAUGUAAAAAGUUUUCUACGUAGUUAUAUAGGUCCUGGUUAUGUAUGUUGCAAUAUGAAGUAGAAUAUAUACUUUUUGACGUAGCAAAUGAAGCUAUGUAUUGAAAUAUUCGAAUAAGGCGAAGUUCACCGAUAAUAACAUAAACGCUCGUUUUUCUAAAAAGUAUGGUUGUUAAGAGUUUUUUCAGAAAAUUUACGUUUGUGUUGUCGGUGAAUUUAGGCCUAAGUAUCGAGUAUUUUUGCAAUAUGCGUGUGACUAUAAAGACGAUUUGUCGAAUUUUUUAUUAGUAGAUACCAUAGUGUGUAAACUUGCAUUUAAAAUGUGAUCGCUUCAGCCACAUUGGUGUAGGUAACGUGUACCAGUCUAUUGAUUCAUAGAUCUAUGGUAAAUAGAGGGUUGCACCUUGGAAAUGUAAACCAAUGUAUGACCAGAAAUUAUCAACAUUUAAAUAUAUAAGUAAUAAAUGGUUUCAUAAUAAAAAAAAGCCAUUACUAUCAGUCACAAAAAUGGUAUGAGAUGUUAAAUAUCUCCAAUAUAAGUGUAAAGUAUUUUACGCUACUCCAAUGUGAGCGAACUGACAAAACUAUUGUGUUGUAAAUUCCCAGCGUGUGUAGGACUGUUUGUGUACCUAUUUAUACAUUAAUUUACAUAAUUAUUGGUACUUUUCGGCAUUCACUUUUGUUAUUGACAUGCUCAAGUACCGAAAUCAAAUCUUAUUUAGAUUGAUAAAAAAAAAUGGAUACAAAAUAAAAAUCUCACAUUUCUUCCAAACAUUUAAUAAUAAAUUUAUUAUCUUUCCCUUUGUUUGACUCCAAAUAUGAAUAACUUUGUAUUUAUAUCUAAAAGUCGCGAUAAAAACAUGUAUUAUUAAAAAUUGAUGUGAUUAAAAUAAGGACUAGAUUUAAUAUUAAUUUAUACAAAUAGCUGUAAGAAUUCUUAUUAAAUAAAUGAUUUAGAAAGUAA